CCUUAUCCUUAUCCUCUCGAGCUUCCAUCUCUCCAGUGAGUUUGAAGCCUUCAAAUGUCGACGUGAUGUCAUCCAAUAGUAUACGCUACCUACACAGUACAUGUCUGUAGCAAUCCUCGGCCACGGAUGUGCCAAAUACCCCCAGACCGUACUUGUGCAGAUUAUUGGGAAUGUUCGCUCAUCCCAGUUUGGGUUUUGUCGUUUCCUCUUGCGAACAUCGAACUGAGCGCCCUCCACUAUCCCUUGUAACCCCGCGCUCAGCCUUACUGUAUGUAUGUACAUACUGUAAUCUGUACCUGCACAAACGCGAUUCCUCCUCAAACACCCGUACAUCCCGCUUGUUCACUUAACCAACUUGGGAAUGGUGAGGAGAUGGUGGUCCUGCCUCAAAACCGCGUCCCCGCUCAACUCUCAAAAUUCCCCCAAUCCCACCAAGUCCACCAUCAUGGAAGAUCUUAAGCGUGAGUUUCAGGGCGAGCCCGCCAAAUCAUCACCCUCCCACGAGAUUAGGCCUCCAAAGCGGCCCGACAAGCUCCCGCUGAGCGCGCGAACCGAAACAUCGCCAAUGGAUCAACCAGAGCGGCCGCGGCCGCACAGCCGAGAGCUGUUGAGCAUGGAGGAACGCAGUCCUCCUGUCUCGUUGCACGGCCCUGACAGUGCCGAUGUGGUCAUCAGCGGCAACACAAGGUCAGAACAGUUCUGGGCUCCCCCGGCCUUUCAACCUCCACAUCCAAUGUGGCAUCAGCCAUCGCAUCCAGACUCCAGGGUUCAACAUGCUUUUUGGGCGGCGCACCAAGCUUACCAAAAUGAUCUUGUCCAAAGGCUGGCACUGUCGCGAGACGACAUAGACCUCCUCAGACCGCAGCGCAGCCGAGAUCGAGACGAGGAGCACUGGGCCCGGCGAGAAAUGGAAGACUUACGGAUGCAGCUCAGAGAUGCCAACAGCCGGGCUGACCAGGCAGAGCGCGCAGCUGAAGAACUGACCCGGCAGCUCAAAUCCAGGUCCAGUCGAGCGGCGGUAGACCGCACCGACUUGGCAGACACGACGACAACUCUGAAGGCGGAAAAUAACGGGCUCAAGGCAGAGCUAGACGAGGCGCGAUCUCACAUCUUCAGUCUGCAGCCCUACCGCAAAGACCUCACCCCGAAGGAAGUGGGCCAGGAUUUUGACGACCUCGUCAACGGCAUCACCGACUGGGUCACUAACUUUAUGGAACCGAUUCUUGACGACGACGAUAAGAUGGACGAAAUUGUGGCCGUCGCCAAAAAAAGGCCAGCAGACUCUCAAAAGCUUAAGCGGUAUUUGCAGAGUCAAGGCGAUUUGGUUUACGGAUCCAUGUUUCCCGAGACGGACAUCGACAUCCUGAUCGCGGUCGUGAUGCGCUUCCUGCAGGACCACAUAUUCCAGAAGAUUCUCUACGGUGCAGUACCUGAAACGGUCGAGGUCAUCAGCUUCCUGGAAGGCCAGAUGCAAACCAACGUCGAGCCAAAACGAGACCUCUUUGCACUACGUACAUGGCGGGCCGAAGCCCUCAAUGCUGUCAUCUGCUCGCCCGACUACCACCGCGCACGGCACGGGCGGGUCAGGGAGCUCACGGCUGAAGUGGCAUCGCUUUUCAAGGUGUUCCGCAGGGAGAAGGACUGGAACAAGCUCUGUCUCUCCUGCCAGGAAGGCAUCAUCAAGCCCGCGGUGGUGCUGCACGAGAAGCUCAUGACAUCGACGCACCACUUCUAUCUCGACCUGAACCCCUACAUCUUGUGGAACUCUCGCCAGGAGCUCGAGAUGAGCCCGGACUUCCUCCAAGACCUGCCCACACUGAGGUGCGAAAACAUACUGCAGAACCGGAAGCCGUUCAUCGUGACCAAGCUGGACCCGCAACCGAGCAAGGAGGAACUCUACAGGGACCUCAACAACGUGGCCACUAUCGUCCCGGCGCUAUACAUGAGACAGGUGGGCAAGGGGGAUGUCAUUAAGGAGCCGACAGUGGUUCGUAUGCAACAGGUGCUCGUCGCCUGGGGCCCAAAGGAGAAGAGGGAGAAAUUCCUUGCCAAUGGCGAGCGGACCCUCAUGCAUCACCUGUGCUUCGGGCGCCGCGACAGGGAGGAGCGGGCACAGGAAGGCAGUGUCUGGCAAUGGCGGGGUUUGCAAUGGGGGUGAAUGUGGCCAUUUUUACCUGACAUCGCAGCCAGGCGGCCGGACAGCAGGGAACCCUCAUGGCAUGUCGGGGCGAGGGCUUGGGUGUUAUCCAGCAGUUGUUGUAACUUACCGUAACCUGUACACCCUCAUCGUCAGGCAAAUAUACCUAUCUUUACAGAAACAGCAAAAA